UGACGGCGGAACGUCGUCUCCGGGUGAACGGUAGCCCUGACAGUUAAUGGUAGUUAGCGACAGUUGCUCUGACAAACCCUUGGAGGAGUAACAAGUGUUUACUGUUCGGAAGUUGCCUUUUAGUUUGCGAGAAUUUGUCUUCAAACGCCAAAACUCAAACUUUAUUUUGAGAUAUCACCUCAUUCUCGAAAAAGUAUAUUUUGUUCAAGUUUAACGUCUUUUAGCGAACUUUGAAGCUCAGUUUUGAGAGCGUGAACAUGAUCUAAAAUGCGCUGAAGCGGAGCCAUUAGAGCGGAUCAUCAGGAUGACAGAACCAGUGGAGCAGACCCAUCACCUGAAAACUUCAGGCAGCCCAUCAGGUGGGAUCAGCGGAGACGCUAUGGAGCAUCUCCCGGCCAGCAACCGUGGUGGACCGGAGAACGGCGACAGGGGGCGACAGAGAGACCAGAAGCAGCAGCAGCGGGCGGAGAACUGCGAGGAUAUCAACACAGACAAGUUAUGGCAAAUGAAAGGCGGACAGAGGGGGGUGUGCCCUGUCUUAGCAGACGGAAACGAGCUCCCGAAGUGCCCUGUUGCAGCUCAGUCUCAUCAGAAACCUGAUGUCCAUGCAGCGGGAGACGGCAAUCACAUCUCGCAGGGGAAAAACGGUGAAGACAGGCAGCUGGAGGGGACUUUAAACCGGGUGCAAGAGGAGAGUUCGCUCAUCGACUCUGACACGGGCUUAGAUGCGCGUCUGGGCAAGAAGCGGCACAGGCGCAGGACCACCAGGAAGAAGCGCAACUGGAAGCCUUAUUACAAACUUUCCUGGGAGGAAAGGAAAGCUCUGGAAGAGAAAGAAACGGCCAGGGCUUCCCGGGUGAGAGAGGAGAUGUUCGCCAAAGGGCUCCCAGUGGCCCCCUAUAACACCACCCAGUUCCUGAUGGACGAGCACGACCGAGAGGAGCCCGACCUCAACACCGAGACCGGGGUCCGGCGACCCUCAGGGGUCGGUGGCCGCAUGGAGGACACGGGCAGCGAGGAGGACUUAUUCGACAACGAGGAGGACGAUGACGAUGACGGCAGCGGCGGGGGGAGCGACGGCAUCGGCAGGCCCGGGAACGCAGGUGGGGAGUUUCUCCAGAGAGACUUUUCCGAGACCUACGAGAUGUACCACGUCGAGAGCCUGCAGAAUAUGACCAAGCAGGAGCUGGUCCAGGAGUACCUGGAGCUGGAGAAGUGCAUGUCCCGGCUGGAGGAGGAGAACAACCGGCUGAGGCGCGCCGUGGAGCCGGGGGGUCUGAACGUGGAGAGCUCCCUGGUCCGGCUCGGAGAGCUGGAGCGGGAGCUGGAGAGACUGAGGGCCCAAAACACGGAGCUCCUUCUGCAGAACCAGCCGGGCAAGGACAGGGGCCAGGUCGCCACCAACUAAAGGACACGACACGAGUAGGAGAAAACCCUUUCCAAAAGGUAAACACGUGGGACUGCUGCAUUUUUUUUAAAUUGUCAUCAGUUUUCUGUAAGCAGUUUGUCACCUGGACGAUGAGGUCCUUGCAUUGCAAUGCAAUACUUGACGUUUCUUUUCUAUUUGGACUGUAAGGGUGUCCUGUUCAUUUUUUUUCAAGAGAAAAUGUAAAUAUUUCAAAAAUAAGAUUCUUUUUAUAAAGAAAAUGUAUUUGACAACACGAGAAUAUUUUGUUUGUUUCCCGGGUCAACUUCGUUGGUAUCAUUGACAUAAACUGUUCCGUUUUUGAAUUUUCAAUCAAACAUCGUAUGUUGCAUUUACCCCUCAAAAAAAAUCCAGUAACAAAUCACAGCUAAUUGGACCAGCUUGCAGAGAUUGUUAUGCAGAAGUAAAUUCCAGAGUGAACAUUUUAACAGUUGUGUGUUAACAUAAGUUGAAAUAAAAUUUUGAAAUUCUG